CAAAGAUGGCGGCGCAGGCGAGUAGUAGCAACACGAGCGGCUCCUCAGACUAUCAGAAGAGCAAGGCGGCAUGCACUCGUUCCUCUAAAGUAUGGGAAUUCUUUAAUUUAAAAGAAAUCAAUUCCGUGAUAUGUUGUCUUUGCAAAAUGGAGAUGGCCUUCCAUUCUAGCACCACGGCAAUGCACCAGCAUCUGAAGAGGCGCCACCCGGGAGCAGUUGCAGAUGACAGAGCACCACCUUUCCAGCAAUCAAAGCAGCUUCAACACCGACAGAGCGCCAGCGGCACGCCAAACCAGGCAGCAAAAAAGACGCAAAUACCCUCUCCGGCCUCUACAAGAGAAGAAGUGCUGGAACUGCAGAGAGACGUCCUACAGCUACAAAAGACAAAACUGCAAUUAGAGAUCGAAAAACUUAAAAAGGAGAAGGAAAAUCAAGACCUUUACAACAUCAUUCUUAAUAACAAACUUUUGCAGCUACAAAGUGAAGGGAAAAUAACAAUCAAAUCAACUGAUCGAAUAAAUACAUUUUGUGACAGAUCUGAACAGUUUUGUAUUUAUUUAUGUAAUUACAAGGACCGAUAUAUUAACAAAAUACCAAUAAUAAUAAUAGCAAAAUACAAUAUAGCUAAUACAUUCAUAUAUAAUAUUAAUACUAAAUAGCACUAGCCUAUACACUCACCUAAAGGAUUAUUAGGAACACCUGUUCAAUUUCUCAUUAAUGCAAUUAUCUAAUCAACCAAUCACAUGGCAGUUGCUUCAAUGCAUUUAGGGGUGUGGUCCUGGUCAAGACAAUCUCCUGAACUCCAAACUGAAUGUCAGAAUGGGAAAGAAAGGUGAU